AUGUCAACUCUUACGGAGCAAUCUCAACAGAUGAAUGGUGUCCAGAAUGGCACCCGCAAUAUUCCUUCUCAUCAAGAAGCAUUAUCUGAAUUAAAGAAUCCCUCACUGUUGAUUCACGAUGCUUUCAUUGACGGACAGUGGUCGAAGAAGGGAAACACUUUCGAUGUCUUAGAUCCCUCAACAUCGACCGUGCUCGGAAAGGUUGCAAACUGCGAUCUUGCAGAUUUUCAAAGAGCAAUUGACAGUGCAUAUACUGCACAACAAGAAUAUUUCGCCGCGACCACUGCAACCACGCGCGGAUCUCUCCUGCGUAAAUGGUUUGACCUCAUCAUAGCUAACACAGACGAUCUGGCUACAAUCCUCUGUCUGGAGAACGGAAAGACUUACGCUGAGGCCAGGGGUGAGAUUGUGUACGCUGCUAGUUUCGUGUCCUGGUUUGCCGAAGAGGCCACUCGAGCAUACGGCCUCACCAUUCCCUCAUCGAUACCGCACACUACCUUGCUUACGGUUAAAGAGCCCAUAGGGGUCUGCGGGAUCAUUACACCAUGGAACUUUCCUGCUGCCAUGAUCACACGCAAGAUUGCACCCGCGCUUGCAGCCGGGUGCGCCGUGGUCAUAAAGCCACCCAGCGAAACUCCUUUCACAUCACUAGCUCUUACAAAGCUCGCCGUCGAAGCCGGCCUCCCACCCAAAACAAUCCAAGUUUGCCCUACCAAGGACCGUCAAGCGGCGACCGAGCUGGCGACGAACCCCCUUGUUCGGAAGAUCAGCUUCACAGGCUCGACCAACGUGGGCAAAAUGUUGGCAAAGUUGGCCGCUGGAACCCUGAAAAAGGUUAGUUUGGAGCUCGGAGGCAAUGCACCAUUCAUUGUCUUCGAUGACGCAGACCUAGACCUUGCCGUUGAGGGAGCAAUGUUCUGCAAGUUUAGAUGCUCUGGGCAGACAUGCGUCUGUGCGAAUCGCCUCAUGGUACAAAAAGGUGUCGCCAAAGAGUUUACACGCAAGCUUGUCGAAAAGGUGUCCCAGCUGAAGACGGGUCCAAGUCUUGACCCUUCCACGACACAAGGGCCUUUAGUCAAUCGGGCUGGAGUAGAAAAGGUCAAAGCUCAUAUCGAGGAUGCCAUCUCCAAGGGGGCUAAGAUAGAAGUCGGCGGCGACGCGGUUCCUGGCAAGGGUUUCCUCUUUGCACCGACCGUCCUGUCUAGUGCUACCUCCGACAUGAUCGUGGCAAACGAGGAGACCUUCGGCCCUUUGGCACCCAUCUUUGAAUUCGACACAGAGGCUGAUGCUGUGCAUCUUGCCAACAAGACUGAAUUUGGCCUUGCUGGAUAUUUUUUCAGCCGGGAUAUGGGCCGAUGCAUGCGGGUAGCGCAAAAACUUCAAGUCGGCAUGGUCGGCGUGAAUACGGGCAAGAUCUCUGCCGCAGAAGCCCCGUUUGGAGGCGUCAAGGAAAGCGGCUAUGGACGUGAAGGCAGCUCAUAUGGCCUGGAAGAGUACCAAGUGCUCAAGAGUGUCACAUUUGGGAAUCAGAACAAGUAG